AUGGAUAUACCGGAAGCGCAGAAGCCAAGAGAGCGAAAUGGAAAAAGUGAAAGGAGCAAUUUGAGAGACAUAGAAGAGGCGAAGAAAAUACGGAACCAACAAAAUGAAGCAAAGUUAAAGAAAUUUUGCGGAAGCACCGAUUUUGUGUUAGACGUACCGAGCAUAGACGAGGGGGUGAAAUUUCUAAAACAUGACGUAGACAAUGAGAUCCUAAACUUCAAUUAUACAACUAUGCUGUUAAAUGAAAAGGUGGAGAGGUUAAAUGAUGUAGAGAGGAAUAUACACAUCCCCAUGGAUUUGCCUUUUUUGUUUUCCUUUAAUAUGCAAAAUAAUGAGGAUAUAAGUAAUUGGGUAAAGGAGCAAAAUGAGACUGAACAGGGGAAGAUUGCAAACGUUGAAGGGACGGAUAGCUACAUCAACCUAAAUGAUGAGGUGAAGCAGUUUUCUUCCUGUGCUCCGAUUGUCCAUACGUUUGAAAAAGACGAUUUGGAACUUCUAAAUAGGGUUGCUCCGCAUUACAUUAGAAGGGUUAGAAAUAGCCUACUGCAGAGUGAAGAAAGGAAAAGUAAGGAUCUGGAUCUGCGGGAAAAAAAUCCCUCCAUGGGAAUGAACACACAUGAGAACGGUGGCAAACUGUUUGAGGAUGGCACCCUGGGGAAGAAUGACGGCUCCUCCGAAUUGAUGCUAAAAUGUGGUAAAAGGAAAGUACCAUACGAAUUCUAUUUUCCACAUCCGCUAAGGAAAGGCACGAAGGUGAAAAAAAUUUACCCCCUUUUGCCACACAUUGGUGUUUGGAACAAUAAAUAUAUACAAGGCAUUAUGGAGAUAGGAAAUUCUAGUGACUACAUAAGAAGCAGUGGUGGGGAGGAUGGUAAUAAAUUGCUAACCAAGGGGGCGAAUGCCACAUCGAAUAGUGAACCGAAGAAGCAAAGUAGCGGUAUGCUCGGGUUACUGCAUUUGGUAGAGAAGACCCGUGAUAAGCAUCUGUACGGGUUGUACAAAGCGCAGGACAUGGGUUGCGAUGAGUAUGUGCUGAAUAGGUUUCUGCGUAGGUACAACGGGAUAGGUGCGCUGAAAAAUGAUACGGUUAGCGGCGACGCUGCUCUUGGUGCACCCCUACGUGGCAACAUAACCGACCAAGCACACGACACCCCCGGAGUGAAAAAAAAAAUCAGCCUGAGCAAAUUUCUCAUAAAAAAGUACCUCUUUAAGUUAAAAAUGAGGGAGAAGUUAAAAAAUAAACUGCCCAAGGGUGAAAAGGUAAUCCACCCUGCAAAGAACGAGCAGGAGGAGGAAGAAAAGUUUCCAAUGUUAAAAAGUGAAAGAAACGCAUCUGUUGAAUUGAAACAUCGGAGUAAACAUGUCACGUUUAACGAAACAAAUGAGUACGAAUAUGUGGAAAGGAAAGGAGAGCUAGGGGAGCACAGCAAGAGAGAUGAUACCAUCACCCAAAAUGUGAGCUAUUCGCAAAGUACCCCUCCUGAUGAUAAAGUAGAGUGCUUCAAAUAUGUGCGGGAUUAUAAGUCGCCAUCUUUUGCGAUGAAUCAAAACGACCCUCUGUCGUACGUCAUAGGGUUUAACAGGAACAAUUUGGCUUUCAUGUUCCCGACCGUGUCUCGGAAAAUUAUUUUUUCCAAAACGGGGCAGCAGAAGAGGAAAAAUUACAUAUUGGUGCGGGAGAAGUAG